AUGUCAAAAACAGUUGUUGUCAAGUCACCAGCGGAAUUCAGUAGUUUACUGAAGACCUCCAAGAUUGUGGUGACAGAUUUUUAUGCGGACUGGUGUGGGCCAUGUAAAGCUAUUGCGCCCAUUUAUGAGCAGCUGUCUGCACAGCUGUCUCGUCCAAAUAAGAUUACAUUUACCAAGGUCAACGUUGAUACCCAGAAAGAGAUCGCAUCAACCUACAGUGUCACUGCGAUGCCAACUUUCAUAAUCUUCAAGGAAGGCAAGCAAGUCGAGAAAGUCCAAGGUGCCGACCCAAAGAAACUACAAGAUAUCGUGAAGAAGCUAGCUGCAGAGGCAGAUGAUUCAAGCGAUUCGGCAUCUGGAUUUGCAAGUGGUUCCGGCGAAUGGCGCAUAGGAACUCUACCAAAGAGCUACAGCGAUGUGACAAACGAGGUCGAUAUCAAGGGUUUGGAACUGUUGAAUGCCGACAGUGAUUUUGGAGAUGUCCGAACUUUGAUUGAUACAAACAAACCCAGUGCCUUGUCGAAGGGGAAGGGGGCAGAUUCGAAGGCUAAAGACUGGGUUGUCAGUGAUACGGAUGAGCAGCUCAUGUUAUUCGUGCCAUUCCAAUCUACGUUAAAGGUUCAUACUAUUCAGAUCACCUCCCUAGCUUCAGCAUCGGACGACAAGAAUGAUGACGAUGAUGACGAAGAGCCAAUGCGACCAAAGACGAUCCAACUUUACACAAACCGAACUCACAUCGUUGGCUUCGAAGAGGCUGAAGAUCUUCCUUCCACACAAACCAUAACCCUUGAAGCCAAAGACUGGGAUUCAACCGGCACUGCUACACUAUCACUCCGCUUUGUCAAGUUCCAGAAUGUUACAAGUUUGGUUGUCUUCAUUGUGGAUGGUGAUGGGGAUCGUGAGAAGGUACGCAUUGAUAGGGUCAGGAUUAUUGGAGAAACUGGUGAAAAGCGCGAUCAGGGAAAGCUGGAGAAGGUUGAUGAUGGCUAUUGA